CGCGUCGCGAUCCUCUGUUGUCCGAUCGGCUCUUCAGGGUCGAUAGUGGGGAUCCGCAGGAGGAACCGUCUUUGUCGCGCGUAGAAGACGAUACCAGUUGGGACGGAAUACCGUCGGUUUUCGGACACGAGAUUCGCGUACGCCGCGGAAAAGCCGUCGCGACGCAGAACCCGCCCCCGCGAAACGAGCCCGCGUCUCGAUCACGCGGAUCACGAGCCACGGUCCGGGUGGAACCAGUUUCAGUGAGAUCUUGGGAAUCGAUCGGGCCACCCUUCGAUCCACGCCGCUGCGACGCAGCCUUGUUGUUACGUUGGUCGCCACGGGUGGGAGAGGACUGACACGUCGCGAGCAGGGCGAGUAAAUCCGAUCGACGCGUCCAUCGUGUUUAGCCACGCGGUAUCGAAAGAUGGAGAACACGUGACCGCGUAACGGGUAGAAACGGAAGUCGACAGAGGAAGGAACGGGCAACCGUGGGGAGCGGUUUCGAAUUAAUAAAAGCGAUGCCAAGGGCCGCGAGAACGGCGGAGAUACAUAAAAAACGUGCGACCAGCGUUUGAGGUCAGAGUGAUCUCUCGUAGCCGCGGAGAUCGACGUUGCUCGACUGAGAAGAACGCGUGUCGACGAUGAAGAAUAACACGAGCAACCACGAGAAGAACGGGCCCGAGAGCCUGAAGCUGCUGAGGGUGCCCUCGACGCCCCCGACGACACCGACGACGCCCUCGACGCCCAGCUCGAGGGGCCUCGAGGACGUUUUCAGAGAGCUGCCCAUCACCGAUGACACCUCCUGCGGCAUCUGGUGCCUGCACGGCCCGACCUUGCAAAGAUUCGCGAACAAAAAGGCCUACGUGUUCCUCUACGGUGUACUAGGGUGUAUAUUCUCGGCCAGUUAUGCGUAUUUCAACGGCACCAUCACCACCAUCGAAAAGAGGUUCAAGAUACCCUCGAAAACCACAGGCCUUAUCACCGUGGGCAACGAUAUCUCUCAACUGUUCGUAUCAGUGGUCCUGUCUUAUUACGCAGGAAGAGGUCACAGGCCUCGUUGGAUCGCGUUCGGCAUUUACACAGUGGUUCUCUUCUGCUGUUUGACGAUGCUACCACACUUCUUGUACGGUCCUGGCGAGGAUGCUCUUUUGCUCACGAAGGAGUAUGGAGCCAAGCCGCGAAGUAUGAACACGAGCCAGAUUCCCGACAAGCACCGGAAGUUCCUCUGUUUCGGGAAGGAGAACCGUGAAAACGAGUGCGACGACUCGGACGGGAACUUCGCGCCUCAAGCGUUGUUGUUCGUAGCGCAGCUCGUAUCCGGGGUUGGCGGAUCCCUCUAUUACACUCUGGGAGUGUCGUAUAUGGACGACAAUAUACAGAAGUCGAAGACACCGGCGUUGAUCAGCUUCUCGUAUUUCUUGCGAAUGCUGGGACCUGCCAUUGGCUACGGUCUGGCUUCGUUCGCCCUCAAGUUCUACAUCAGUCCCACUCUAACGCCCACUAUCACCACGCAGGAUCCAAGAUGGUUGGGCGCCUGGUGGCUAGGUUGGAUCAUCCUGGCGUUCCUCCUCUUCGUCUUCGCGAGCAUAAUCGCGCUGUUCCCGAAGACGCUGCCGAGAGCAGCGGCACGCAAAGCUUUGGCCUCGGAACGAAACAAGUCCGCGGCGAAUAUAAAAGGGGAGCAAGAGUCAGAGUUGCCUGCCUCCUUCACGGACAUGAUGAGGACGUUCAAACGUCUGCUGACGAACACUACUCUGAUGUGCAACAACUUGGCCACCGUCUUCUAUUUCAUGGGUUACAUGCCUUAUUGGAUCUUCAUGCCCAAGUACAUCGAGACGCAGUACAAACAGUCCGCCUCCGUGUCCUCGUUGAUCACCGGAACGGUCGGUUUGGUGUUCAGUGCCUUUGGAAUUCUUCUUUCCGGUCUGGUCAUCUCCAAGUACAAACCCAAGGCUAGGUAUUUAGCCGCCUGGAACGUGAUGGUGGGAGCCAUAUCGGUGAUGGGAAUGAUUUCUUACGCUUUCCUCGGUUGCUCCGCUAACGACAGUCAGAUCGCUGUUCAAUCGGACGGCUCUUUGAAGACGUUGUUGCCCUGCAACGAGCCGUGCCACUGCGACUAUGUUACUUACAAUCCUGUCUGCUCCGAACAUGGUCAAACCUUCAUUUCAGCGUGCCACGCUGGGUGUCGUAACUUAAAGAUUCACAAGAACAGUAGCAAAGUGUACACGGAAUGCAGCUGCGUAAAACCAAAGUUUGGACGUUCCUUGUCGCAUUUGUACGCAAACACGUCGAUCCACACGACGCCAUUUCCGUUCGAGACCACCGUGCCGGACGCGACGCCAUCUUUUGGCACAGCAGUUCCGGGGGCCUGUCCAGUGGACUGUAUGCACAAGUUUUACGUAUUUCUGGCGGUGGUUUGCCUGCUCAAGUUCAGCGGCGCCACUGGGAGGGCGUCGAACUUUUUGGUAUCCGUCAGAUGCGUCGACGAAAAGGACAAGACGGUAGCAAUGGGCUUUGGAUUAACUAUUAUGAGCUUAUUCGCGUUCAUACCAUCCCCUAUACUGUUUGGAUUUAUUUUAGAUAAAACCUGUCUCGUUUGGGGGAAAACAUGUUCAGGUACAGGGAACUGUUGGCUCUACAACGGUGAAACAUUGAGAUAUCUGCUGAACUUCACCGCGGCCAGCUUCGUAACGAUCGGCACGUUGUUUGAUGUGGGUGUCUGGUAUUUCGUGAAAGACGUAAAGAUCUUCGACGAGGAGAUCGAGCUGAAAGACAUAGCCGAGGAACCAGGGGAGACACUUUGAAAGUAACUCAUUAACGAUCCAGUCGGAUCGCUUCGUCCCAGAGGCGGUGGAGUAAAAGCAUCAACAGCGAAAUCGUCGAUGAAUAGGAAAAAAAAAAGGAUGAGAACGGUGGAAAAUGAGAAAGAGAAAGAGCGAGAGAGGGUGGUAGAGAGAGAGAGAGAGAGAAACAGAGAGCAGACGAAUAAAGACUUUACAAGUACCUUAA